GGGCUACGCUGGCUAAAAGCUCCGAAUACCCUAAAAUCAACCGCGACCGGGGGAGCCGCAACUUUCCCUCAACCUCAACUCUUUCGUUCACCAGCGCAUGCUCGGGCCGACAUGUCGGAAAAGACGGAGGGGGCUAGUAAGACUAUAGUCUUCUUGCACCCGGAUCUGGGUAUAGGAGGGGCCGAGAGAUUAGUUGUUGAUGCUGCGGUUGGAUUGCAGAAUCGUGGGCAUAAGGUUGUUAUAUUUACGAGUCACUGCGAUCCGAAACAUUGCUUUGAUGAGGCGAGAGAUGGCACCCUCGACGUCCGUGUCCGCGGCAACACCAUUGUACCUCCCUCGAUCCUCUCGCGCUUCAGCAUCCUAUGCUCCAUCCUCCGACAACUGCACCUCAUUCUCCAAAUCUACCUCACCUCCGAACUCCAGACGUUGAAACCCGAUGCGUACUUCGUCGACCAACUUAGCGCCGGCUUACCGCUUCUCCAAUUCCUACAUCCGAAAGGCCGCAUCUUGUUCUAUUGCCACUUUCCCGAUUUACUCCUCGUGCAGGGCCGACAGAAAUGGUGGAAAAGGAUAUACCGUGUACCGUUUGACCUGUGGGAGCAAUGGAGCAUGAGCUUCGCCGAUGCGAUCGCUGUUAAUUCGAAUUUCACGAAGGGUGUCGUGGGACGGACGUGGCCAGCUUUGGUCCGUAGGAAGGAAUUGGAGGUCGUGUACCCAUGUGUCGAUACCAAGACGAAGAAAGAUAAUAAAGGAACCGAGGGUGGAAAACCAUUAUGGAGAGGAAAGAAGUUUCUAUUAAGCAUUAACCGAUUUGAGCGGAAGAAAGAUAUCGCACUAGCUAUUAAAGCGUUUGCAGGUUUAAGUCCAGCAGCUCGUAAGGGAGUGCGCUUGGUUCUGGCUGGAGGAUACGAUCCGCGCGUCACUGAGAAUGUGAAUUACCACAAAGAACUUGUCGACUUGACAGAAUCUCUGGGUUUGAGUACCAUGACGACAAAGACACAUCUGACUGCUCUAGAAGUCCCCGACGACGUCGAAGUCUUGUUCUUACACUCGGUACCGAAUCUCCUAAAAGCUACGCUUCUCUCCUCGACCCGACUACUCAUCUAUACCCCGGCCAAUGAACACUUCGGCAUCGUACCCCUCGAGGCCAUGCUUGCGGGUGUACCUGUCUUAGCCGCUGACACCGGUGGCCCUACCGAAACCGUCGUCGAGGGUGUGACAGGCUGGCUCCGAUCUCCUGAAAAAGUUGAACAAUGGACGGAAGUUAUGGAUAAGGUCCUCAACCAACUAUCACCAGAUGAAUUUAAAAAGAUGUCACAGGCGGGAAUAGCAAGAGUCAAGAACGGCUUUGGCGAGGCCCAGAUGGCGGAAACACUAGAUCAGAUCAUAGGAAAAGCUUUGCAAGCACCGAAGACGUGGUCAUGGACACCAACGGUUGCACUGGUGCUCGGAGUUUCGGGUCUACUCGGGCUAGUGCUCGCAGUCGUAGGAAAGGUAUUGCUGCAGGACUAAGAGUAUUGAGGGAGAGGCUCGACUCGAGUUGUAUCAUACGAUCUAUCUCAAAGACGAGAUGAUGACUUAGAUUAUAAGACUAUAGAUGAACGCGAUGGAUACCCUAUUUUACCUUG